AUGAGAAUUCGAGACUCAAAUUUCUUGAUAAAACGAACGAAAUUACGCGCACAUAUAUGCGACUUGCCGAGGACAUCCGGCAGCAAUCUGCCGAAAUUACCCCCAAACGCGAAGUUUUACAAUCGGUGGAAACGAAAUCUUCAAAAGUUUGUUCUUGUUUCCGCUCGACAUCCUUUAACAGGUUUAACUUUUCGCAGCCAAACAGCUAUUGCUCUUGAAAAGAGAAGACAUUCAAGAUCACCUUAUCGAUGGAUGAUUCAUCCAUAUAGUAUAUUAAGUUCCACAUAUUGUGUGCUUCUACAGGAUUGGAAAAAGCAGCGGUCCUGA